AUGUGGCGCACUAUACAAAAUUACAUUGAUGUUUUGAGAAAAGUCUGCAAUGUUCUAAAAAUAAUACCUGACACGGUAAUGUCUGAUUUUGAAAAGGCUGAAAAACCAGCUUUACAUACUGUUUUCCCCAGUGCUAAGAUCAUUGGCUGCUUUUUCCAUUACAGUCAGGCUUUAGUACGUAAUGCUGGUAAACAUGGCAUAUUAAAAGAUGACGGUUAUGAAUCGGGUUUGAGUGCAAUAAAAUUAUUAAAAUCUUUAGCCUUUUUACCAAAAAAAUUAAUAGAAGAAGGCUUCGAAUUGAUAUCCAAAAUUAUAUUUAAAGACUGCCCGUAUUUACAAUCAUUUUUUAAUUAUUAUAAAAAGACGUGGAUUGACAAUUUUAAACCCGAUUCCUUUUGUGUAUUUCAAGAGAUAUACAGAACUAAUAAUGUCUCCAAAAAACACAACCGAGAACUUCGGGAAAACUUGAAAAAGCACACGACAAUUUUUAUCUUUUCGAACACCAAAAGCGUAUUUGAAGUUAAACGAGGCAUCCGAAAUUCUGGGCACGAAGGGAAGGACGUGCUCUGA